AUGCUCGAGGUGGGCAUCAUGCUGCAGUCGCUCGUCGUCAGGCUCACGCUCGCGAUUAUCUCGGGCCCCGAGUUCAGUGCCCCUCGCUCCGCGUCUCUGGUCACUGCAAUCAUGUUCCACCAGCUGGUUGAGAGCGUCUCGCUCAGAGUCCAGAUCGCGACGCUACUUGCGGAGGACGGUAAGUAUCGGGUGCUGAAGCCUGCGCUCGCACUUAUGUUCGUGGUGACGACGCCCGUGGGGAUCGCCAUCGGGCUGGCGGUGUUCGGGCCUGGCGAAAGCGAAGGAGGUGCGUGCCACCUAAAACUGAUCCUGCUCACGGGCGUGAUGUCCGCGCUUUCGGCAGGGAUGCUCAUAUAUGCGACGUGCGUAGAGAUGCUCGCGGGCGACUUUGUGCUCGACCCACAUCUGCGGCGCUCUAGUGUCGGCCGGCAGGCUCUCGCGCUGCGCAUAAUUUUCAUUGUCUCCUUCUGGGUAUGCGUCUACUUUCAAGUGGGCUGCGCGCUCUCGUGA